CACCGAGCCAGGUGAUGCUACAGCUGCAGCUUCGGAGGCGAAUCUGAUGAAAUGACACAGAAAAGAGUCCGUGAUUUUGUUCCGCUUCAGGAGAACACACUCAUUUAAAUCUUUUGACAUGAGUAUAUUAGACCGGACAGGCAGAUUAUUUUCAUUAGUAAUGAGUUUAUACAGCUAACCUGGGCCUGAAUGUGAUGAAGUGGCCUUUGGAGUUAGCUGUCAUGCUAAAGGAAAAUCCACCAGCUGUUUAUAUUUAUAUGUAAAUCAAAUUAUGUAGUUUUAUUAGAACGAAUAAAACCCCGGGAAAGGGACUCAAAUUUGCGACAGGAUGAAUCUGAAAAACUCACAGAGUUUCGGAGCGUCUUCUCCAUUGAAUGGACUCGGAAAACAAGCUGCUGAGUCCAGACAGAAGCGAAAGACAGCGGAGAUCGCACAUGCUUUAAAUAAGACACCCGUGGAUGUGGCCACUCUGAGGCGUAUGGCCAUCAGUGAAGGAGGACUGUUUACCGAUGAGAUCCGUCGUCAAGUGUGGCCCAGACUGCUCAACGUGUCUGUAGACAGCAUACCUGAGCAACUAGAGAAGGUAGAUCGAGAGAACAACAAAGAUUUUAAUCAGGUGCUUCUAGAUGUUCAGAGGUCCUUGAGACGCUUCCCUCCAGGAAUGCCAGAUGAGCAGCGUGAAGGCCUUCAGGAGGAGCUGAUCGAUAUUAUUCUACGGGUGCUUGUGAAUAACCCUCAACUGCACUAUUAUCAGGGUUACCAUGACAUUGUGGUGACCUUCCUUCUGGUGCUGGGGGAACGACUCGCCACUGCCCUGGUGGAGAAACUCUCCACUCACCAUCUCAGGGACUUUAUGGACCCCACAAUGGACAACACCAAACACAUCCUGAACUACCUGAUGCCCAUUAUAGAGAGAAUCAACCCAGAGGUCUUUGACUUUAUGCAACAAGCCGAGGUCGGCACCAUCUUUGCCCUCAGUUGGCUCAUCACCUGGUUUGGACACGUUUUGUCAGAUUUCCGCCACGUCGUCCGGCUGUACGAUUUCUUCCUGGCCUGCCAUCCUCUCAUGCCCAUAUACUUUGCUGCCGUGAUCGUAUUGUAUCGAGAGGAGGAGGUGUUGGACUGUGAGUGUGAUAUGGCCAUGAUGCAUCAUCUGCUGUCUCGUAUCCCAGAGGACCUGCCGUACGAGACUCUGAUCAGUCGGGCCGGAGAUCUGUUUGUUCAGUUUCCUCCGUCUGAGCUGGCCAGAGAAGCUGUCCAACAGCAGAGUCAACAAACCGCCGCCUCCACCUUCAAAGACUUUGAGCUGGCGUCGACACAGCAGCAUCCAGACAUUGUUCUUCGGAAAAGAAGGAAAGAGCAACAGCAGAUGCAACAACAACAACAGCGCCACCUGGAGGCCCAGCGAGGCACUGUAGCUGUGGUCCGGCCCACCGCGCGGCGCAUUGUGAAACUGGCGGUUAUGGGUUUGACUGUGGCGUUGGGGGCCGCAGCUUUGGCUGUGGUGAACUCUGCACUGGAAUGGGCACCGAAACUGGACUUACUCUUUCCUUGAAGGAGCCAAUUAACAGCACAGAACAACAGCAUCUCAUUUUGAAGAGUUUAUUUGAGAGGACUUGUGAAUAUUUCAUUUUUUUCAACUUUGAAGUCGGAUUAAUGGAGAUUAUAAUUAAAAAAGAUGUUUGUCACAAUGGUUGAGGCGUAGAAUCAGAAAUAUUCCCGAAAAGAGGACGAUGCAAUGGAAAUUUGUAAAUAUGUCACAUUUUAUUCAAUGCAACAACCUAUUUAACAACGUGCCUCAUUCAUGAAACCCAGGUAAAACAAAUGUCUGUGGAAAUUGUUUUAAAACAUUGGAUCUCACUUAUGUAACGUAGGUUAAACGAAUUUCUGUGUAAAAGUCGUUAAGAAAAAAUAUUGGAUCUCAUUCAUGAAAAGCAAGCAGAACAAAUUUUUGACAUUUUACAUCAUGUUUAUUGUUUGUUAAACCAUUUUUAUGUUAAUUGUCACAUUAAAUGCAACACAAAAAUUCGUUCAGCUUGCACUUCGUGAUCGAGGCCCCAUGUGUUUUAUUACCCUCUACUACCUGAUAGCCCCAGAAUAUUAAGACCAAAAUACUUUUGGAGACACAUUUAUAGAGAUUGCCAUUUAAUUACAUUUUUUAGGACACCUUGAUAUGUGUACACAACAUUUUAGUUGUAAAGCAACACUGAACACAAUCUUUUUACUAAGCUCAUAAUUUGUACGUUUAUGUUUUUUACACUACAUUUCCUUUCUCCAGAUCAGUUUAAUCGCAGUAUUUUAUUUAACAAUAAGUGCUCGUUUCCACUAAACAUCUCCUAAGCUUGGAGUAAAACAUCCAAGUGGUCAAUUAUUCUUCAUAUUUUAAUUAACCAACGUUGAUCUACUGUAUAUGAAUGCAUAAUUACUGCUGCUUUUAUUUUGCACUAAAGAAGACGCUUCUUGAUAAUUUUUUUGCACUUUGAGAAUUUCUUUCGGAUUCGCUCGAGUUAGUGUGUCACAAUGAACAUGUUGCUAAUUAUGUUUCAAUAAAAAAUACAAUUAUCCAU